AGUCACUGCCCUGACGGCGGCGGCAGCGGCGGCGGUUCGUUGGUGGGGGUUGGGAGGAGCGCGACCAAGGCUGCUGCGGCAGCUGCAACUGGCAAUCGCCAGAAGCCAAGUGGAGGAGCUGGAGCUGGGAGCGUGCCCCAGGCCGGGCGGAGGAGGCGACUGCUGUUGGAGUCCAGGGAGCGGUGGCGGCGGCGGCUUCUCAGCGAAGCAAGUGUCUGAGGUUGAGAGGUGCAGCGGCAGGCACGGCGGCGGCUGGGGCCGAGUUACUCGUGGAAAUUGUUCAUUAUCCAGACAUCUUAAAACCAAGAGACCUGUGAACAGGUUCAUUAAGAAUCUACUGUCUUGAAAACACAUUUUAUUAAUGCUUUGAAUUAAAAAGUUGUUAACAGUAGUCUGUUAUUUCUGCCACAUAAGAGACCAUAUCUAAGGCAGUUCCCUGGCUGUUGCCCAGAUGCCUGAAACUGUCAAGGUCUAGUACUUUGAAUGACUAUUCUUCAACAAGAAAUGCAGAGCAACCUAAGUACUGUAUAAGUGUAAUCUCUUUGAUGACAUUUACUGUAAUGGACACAUUUUCUGAAUCUAAUUUUCAGAUACAGAAUUAACACUUGGAAUCUGGAGAGGCAUUCUUGUACAGAUUGAAAGAUUGAGCUCUCUCUUCAGUUUUCCAGAUGUGUUGUCUCGUCUGUAUACUUGAAACAUCCACAGUCACAUAAACUCCAGAUGUAGCCAUGGAAUUAUGUGAUCCAUCAAGACAUAGGAAAAGUGUUACAGAGCUUUGGAACUAGGCAUUUUUUCCAUCAGUUAAACAGUUGAACUAAUACAUUCUCUACUAAUCAAAGAGUAAGGAGCCAAAUAAAGCCAUGCACGUUCUAUUGGCAAGUGGACUCUGUGGCUGUUGAAUUUUACUGUGACUGGUUACUCUGUCAUUCAAAGUCAACUUAAUAUGCAAGUUAUGCCCUAAUGGAUAUAAAGACCUGUGUUGAUGUAUCCAGAUUCUAGCAAAUGUCGAAGAUAAGAAACCUGUUAUGACUAAUCCUUGGGAAGAGAAAGUCUGCAAAAUGGCUCAAACCAGUUUACUGCAGGGGAAGCAGUUUUACUGUAGGGAGUGGGUUUUCCACAAGCUUCAGCAUUGCCUUCAGGAGAAAAGUAACUGCUGCAAUAGUGCUGUCAACACACCAUCCCUUGUAAUGAAUUCUGGAAAUAAUGCUAGUGUCGCCUCUGGAAAGGGGGCUGCCUGGGGUGUGUUGUUGGUAGGAGGGCCUGGCAGUGGCAAGACAGCCCUGUGUACUGAGCUCUUGUGGCCAAGUUCACCUACAAGCUUACAGAGAGGUUUACAUCGCCAAGCUUUGGCCUUUCAUUUCUGCAAAGCCCAGGACUCUGAUACUUUGUGUGUUGGAGGGUUUAUUAGGGGUCUUGUUGCCCAGAUCUGCCGCAGUGGACUACUCCAAGGAUAUGAGGACAAGCUAAGGGAUCCAGCAGUCCAAAGUCUUCUACAACCUGGAGAAUGUGAGAGAAACCCAGCUGAAGCAUUUAAAAGGUGUGUUCUGCUCCCUCUUUUGGGAAUGAAGCCUCCCCAGCAAAGCCUCUAUCUACUUGUUGAUUCUGUCGAUGAAGGGUGUAACAUUACUGAAGGUGAACAAACGUCUACCAGCUUGUCUGGGACUGUUGCAGAGCUUUUAGCUGGUCACCAUGAGUUCUUUCCACCAUGGCUGUUGCUUCUCUGUUCUGCCCGAAAACAGAGUAAGGCUGUCACUAAAAUGUUUACUGGUUUUCGAAAAAUAAGUUUAGAUGACCUUCGGAAGGCAUAUAUUGUCAAGGAUGUCCAACAGUACAUUCUUCAUCGUUUAGAUCAAGAAGAAGCUUUGCGACAACACCUCACAAAAGAAACCGCAGAGAUGUUAAAUCAACUGCACAUUAAGAGCAGUGGAUGCUUUCUUUAUCUAGAACGGGUUCUAGAUGGAGUUGUAGAAAAUUUUAUUAUGUUAAGAGAGAUCCGUGAUAUUCCAGGAACUCUGAAUGGUCUGUAUCUCUGGCUGUGUCAAAGACUUUUUGUAAGAAAACAGUUUGCAAAGGUUCAGCCUAUUUUGAAUGUUAUUCUUGCAGCCUGUCGACCUUUGACCAGCACGGAAUUAUAUCAUGCAGUAUGGACUAAAAAUAUGUCAUUAACCUUGGAAGACUUCCAACGCAAAUUAGAUGUCCUCUCCAAACUUCUUGUUGAUGGACUAGGAAACACUAAAAUACUGUUUCACUAUAGUUUUGCAGAGUGGCUUCUGGAUGUGAAACACUGUACUCAGAAAUAUUUAUGUAACGCAGCAGAAGGACACAGAAUGUUGGCUAUGAGUUAUACCUGUCAAGCCAAGAAUUUAACACCAUUGGAAGCACAAGAAUUUGCAUUGCACUUAAUUAAUUCAAACUUACAGUUAGAAACAGCUGAGUUAGCUCUGUGGAUGAUAUGGAAUGGUACACCUGUCAGAGACUCUCUGUCUACUUUAAUACCCAAGGAACAAGAAGUUCUACAGCUGUUGGUUAAAGCUGGUGCUCACGUCAACAGUGAAGAUGAUCGCACAUCGUGCAUAGUCAGACAAGCCUUAGAAAGAGAAGAUUCCAUCCGGACAUUAUUAGAUAACGGAGCUUCAGUAAAUCAGUGUGAUUCAAAUGGGAGAACAUUACUGGCUAAUGCUGCAUACAGUGGCAAUCUUGAUGUAGUGAAUUUACUUGUCUCUAGGGGAGCGGACUUAGAGAUAGAAGAUGCUCAUGGACAUACACCACUCACCCUAGCCGCUAGACAAGGACAUACCAAGGUGGUUAAUUGUUUGAUUGGGUGUGGAGCAAAUAUUAAUCAUACUGAUCAAGAUGGUUGGACAGCAUUAAGAUCUGCUGCUUGGGGUGGCCAUACUGAAGUCGUUUCUGCCCUACUUUAUGCUGGUGUAAAAGUGGAUUGUGCAGAUGCUGAUAGCCGAACAGCUUUAAGAGCAGCAGCAUGGGGAGGACAUGAGGAUAUUGUACUGAAUUUGCUGCAACAUGGUGCUGAAGUCAACAAAGCUGAUAAUGAAGGUAGAACUGCUUUGAUAGCAGCAGCAUACAUGGGACAUAGAGAGAUUGUGGAACACCUACUGGACCAUGGAGCAGAAGUAAAUCAUGAGGAUGUUGACGGCAGGACUGCGCUUUCUGUGGCUGCGCUUUGUGUGCCUGCAAGUAAAGGGCACGCAUCAGUUGUUAGCCUUCUCAUCGAUCGAGGUGCUGAAGUAGAUCAUUGUGAUAAAGAUGGCAUGACUCCACUGCUGGUAGCUGCGUAUGAAGGACAUGUUGAUGUGGUUGACUUGCUUCUAGAGGGUGGAGCAGACGUAGAUCACACAGAUAACAAUGGUCGCACACCCCUUUUAGCAGCAGCAUCUAUGGGUCAUGCUUCCGUUGUAAAUACACUUUUGUUUUGGGGUGCAGCUGUGGAUAGUAUUGAUAGUGAAGGUAGGACAGUCCUCAGCAUAGCUUCAGCACAAGGAAAUGUUGAAGUGGUACGUACUUUACUGGAUAGAGGGUUAGAUGAAAAUCACAGAGAUGAUGCUGGAUGGACACCUUUGCACAUGGCAGCUUUUGAAGGUCACAGAUUAAUAUGUGAAGCACUUAUUGAGCAAGGUGCUAGAACAAAUGAGAUUGAUAAUGAUGGGAGAAUACCUUUCAUAUUAGCUUCACAAGAGGGUCAUUAUGAUUGUGUUCAAAUAUUAUUAGAAAAUAAAUCCAACAUUGAUCAAAGAGGUUAUGAUGGAAGAAAUGCACUGCGGGUGGCUGCCUUAGAAGGACACAGAGACAUUGUUGAAUUACUUUUUAGCCAUGGAGCUGAUGUUAACUACAAAGAUGCUGAUGGUAGACCUACACUUUAUAUUUUGGCCUUAGAAAACCAACUUACAAUGGCUGAGUAUUUUUUAGAAAAUGGUGCAAAUGUAGAAGCAAGUGAUGCUGAAGGAAGGACAGCACUUCACGUUUCCUGCUGGCAAGGCCACUUGGAAAUGGUGCAGGUUCUGAUAACCUACCAUGCUGAUGUCAAUGCUGCAGACAACGAAAAGCGAUCUGCUUUGCAGUCUGCUGCCUGGCAAGGCCAUGUGAAAGUGGUUCAGCUUCUGAUUGAGCAUGGUGCCGUCGUCGACCAUACGUGUAAUCAAGGUGCAACUGCACUCUGUAUUGCGGCCCAGGAAGGGCACAUUGAUGUUGUGCAGGUUUUAUUAGAGCACAGUGCUGAUCCAAACCAUGCUGAUCAAUUUGGACGCACUGCUAUGCGUGUUGCAGCCAAAAAUGGACAUUCCCAAAUAAUUAAAUUAUUAGAAAAAUAUGGUGCGGCUAGUUUGAAUGGUUGUUCUCCAUCUCCUGUUCACACAAUGGAGCAAAAACCUCUCCAAUCAGCGUCUUCAAAAAUGCAGUCCUUAACAAUUAAAUCAAAUAGCUCUGGUAGCACUGGUGGAGGGGAUAUGCAGCCUUCAUUGCGUGGUUUACCUAAUGGGCCAGCCCAUGCAUUCAGUUCUCCUUCAGAAUCUCCAGAUUCUACAGUUGAUCGUCAGAAGUCCUCACUGUCAAACAAUUCCCUGAAAAGCUCAAAAAAUUCUUCUUUGAGAACCACUUCAUCUACAGCAACAGCUCAAACAGUGCCCAUUGAUAGCUUUCAUAACUUGUCAUUCACAGAACAAAUUCAGCAGCAUUCAUUGCCACGCAGUAGAAGUCGACAGUCAAUUGUUUCCCCAUCUUCCACAACACAGUCCUUAGGACAGAGUCAUAAUUCACCGAGUAGUGAGUUUGAGUGGAGUCAAGUAAAGCCCAGUUUGAAGUCAACGAAAGCAAAUAAAGGAGGGAAAUCAGAAAAUUCCAGCAAACCAGGGCCUGCUGGGAAAAAAUCUAAACAGAGCAAUUCUUCACAGCCAAAGGUUUUAGAAUACGAAAUGACUCAAUUUGAUAAGAGAGGACCCACAGCCAACUGUGGGACUAGUGUACCACCUAAACAAAUGCCAGCAGACUCUCAGUGCAAAAUUAUGGUACCUUCAAAUCAGCAGGAAAUUGGUCGUUCUCAACAGCAGUUUCUUAUUCACCAACAAAGUGGGGAACAGAAGAAGAGAAACGGAAUAAUGACAAAUCCAAAUUAUCAUCUUCAAAGCAACCAGGUUUUUCUUGGCAGAGUUUCAGUCCCACGAACAAUACAAGAUAGAGGGCAUCAGGAAGUGUUAGAAGGGUAUCCUUCCUCAGAGACAGAAUUAAGCCUUAAACAAGCCCUGAAGCUUCAGAUUGAGGGUUCUGACCCUAGCUUCAACUACAAGAAGGAAACACCAUUAUAAAAGUUUCCUGUUCUGUGAAACAGAAGACAUUGUGAUUGGAGUGGUGCUUCAGUUACUGGAUGAAAACAUAAAAUGCCUGUUGAUUUGCUGAAAAAAAAAUGAAGAAUGUGAUAUCUGCAGUACAGUUACCUUAAUUACUGUGCCUACAUAGUAAGGCUGCCUUCUCAGUGUAACCCUCUGUGCUUCAGAAAUUUCAUUUUGUGUGCUUUGUAUUUACUACACAAGAAUAAGCACUUUUUUUUUUUUUUUUAAUGCAGAUAUAUACUGCAGUUCCCUGAUAAAAGCUAAAAAAAAUUCUGAGUAAAGUAUUUUAAGUUAAGAGUUGAUACAUGCUCGUGUGCCAUGGUCAAGUAUAUGUGAAAAGGCAGUGUUCUUUGUAUUUAUUUUUUUUUCUUUUUAUGGCAAAAGAAACUUAAGCAUAUUGUUUCAGUCACGUUUGCAUUGUUGUAGUGUAUGGACUGUUUCUUGUAUCUUUAAAAAUAAUGUUGCUCAAUAAAAUAAAUUUCGCAACCGUUUUAUGUUCACUACACCUUCUGCAUUGGAUAAAAGUAAGUUUCUAUAUAAAUGCCAUAUUGAGGUAAAAAAUGGUUUAUUGACAGAUUUUUUUUUUUUUUUUUUUAAAUUCUAGUAUUUUUAGGGAGCUACUCUAAGUAGUUUUUAAGUCUGGAUUUUCCCAGUAGAAUCCUCAUCUCUGCUGAGAGUGUCCAAAAUGGAAAGAAACAAACAGCAGACAGCAGGCAGAACAAAGUUCUGUUUCGUUCGCUGGGAUGCUACUUCACCUUCCACUCACUUGUCAUUCCACCUCCAAGAAGACAGACCGUCAUUCCUGAGGCGUGAAAAUUCUCGGGGAAAAAUCUGUGCCUCAGUUGCACGUGUGUGCAGAGGGCAGUACAGCUAUCUGAGGGUAGAUUUGGGAUCCCUGAAGAGUUCAUUGACCCUUAUUUCUCUCGUCCUUCCAGUUAAGAAAAUGUAAUUUACCAUUAUAAAUAUUAAUGCUGGUUUCUGUCUCAGCUGUUUUUAUUUUGUAAAUCAUUGCAUGACCAAAAGAGCCCCUGCUCAAAGUCAGUUGGAUCAGUUUUAAUGGUUUAGUUGGAUGAUGAUUCUUAACAAAAUAAUAUGUGCUGUCCUUCACAGGUUAUACCACUAACCCAUCAGUCAUAGCACACAUGUAUUUUUUUUAUUAUUUGAUAAAUAAUAGUGAUGGAUUUGCACUUUUCUAUUUACAUACUCUUCCCCAUUCUUUUGACAGUUUGCAUGCAGGGUGGCUCAGUGCCAGGGUUAAGGGUGAAGUCUCUGACCGAAAAAAGCGAAGUUGACUGGUUCAGCUGAGCAUGUGACCCACAGCCUUGGCCCCCUGGAUGCACUCCAAACCAGUGGCUCUAACUUUAGAUGGGUUGGUGUGUGUAUGUCUGGGAAGAUAAGCACAAUUGUUUAGAAGCCGAGGUUGUGGGGUUUGAUCUUUGAAUGAGCCCUGUUAAUCUUGAAAAACAAAAACUAUUCUUUCCAUGUGCUGUCGAUAAGGAGGAAUGAAGAAAAAAUUUGGAGAUUCAGCACAAAACCAUUGCUACUACUAGAAAAAUCUUUGUAAUAUGACAUAAUAACAGAGGUCAGUAAUGUCAUCUUCGUAUAUGAAGGACACGUGAAGCAUUAUACACAGAAAUGUGUGAUUUGUUGUGGCAAAUACUCCACUUGAAUCUUAGUGUAAGGCUUUUCUUUAAAGUCAGCAAAACCCAUUUUGUUUAUGUCAUUGAUAUGUCAUAAUCAGGAAUAGAAGGUAAAUUCAGUCAAUAUUAAGGUGACAUGGCAAUACUGAUAACUCGAAUGUGAAUGUUUCAAGUAUUGAAUUCUUGUCCCUAUGGGACAUUUAUUAGAUACACUUAAUAGAACUCUUGCAAAGUAGCCUUAAGAGUUUCAGUGAUUCUUUUAAUAAAUAUGAACACAUCCUAUUAAACUAGUUUUAAUCGUGUCUCAAAUACAGUACAUUUACAACACUGUAGAAGAUGAAAUUCUAAUUUCUUAUUAGGUGUAUUUUUCUUCAGAAAGAACCCUGAAAGCUGCCAGUUUUUCUGUUAACCUUGAAUUAUUGGAAUUAUAUUUAUUUAAUUUUAUUGUUUGUUACAAAAAUGCACCUUGUGGCCAAAGGGCAGAGAUAUGACUCGUUACAUAAGGGAUUUAUGUUUUUCAAAGAGCUGAAUGUUUUCAUAUCCAUAGUAUAUACACUUGAAACAGUUGGUAGGAAGAGAAGCUGUUGGAAAAACAUGGUUAUCAAAAGUAAGUGUUCCUCUGGAUGUUUUUAUAGAAAUUAUUUUUUAGAAUAGGUCCUAAAUGGCUUUCAGUUAGGAUACGGAUGAUGAGGGUGCUGGCGAUGCCCUGCCUUGCUUACUGGUUUCUCUGGGGGAUUGAAUGUCAUGACUGAAAAUGCCUUCUGUUCCAUUAAGAAGAACAAAUCUAGUCCCCCAGGUAUAAAACUCCUAAAUAGCUAUUUUUGAAAUGAAAAUGUUUAAAUUUUGUAAAUCAGCUGUUGCCACUAUACAACUAUGAUGCCAUGUGCUUAUAACAUGUUUAUAACUUUGCAUCUGUUCCCAUUCCAUAAAAGUCAUGAGUUGAUAAUAAGGGAAGUGAUAAAAUACAGUAAUUAAAAAUAAAAAUCUGAAGGUUUGUUGGAAAGGUCUUGGAAGGAAAAUUGACCAGAACUCUUUAGUGUGUGCUGCAGCGUACAUCCCUGUCUUUUGUCCCUCGCCCCCUCUCCACCCCAACCGGAAUCCUCACUAAAAAGAGUUCACUACUUAAAAAACAGGAGUAAGUACUUUUCUCAAUAUUAUUUUGGCUAUGCAAAUGUUUGUUGUGCUUAAUGUCCUCCAUUUACACUUCUCAGCAAAUGUAGUUGCAGACAAAAGCUUUCUUUUUUGGUUUGAGGUCUGUAAAUAGCCUAAACUGUACAUUGAAUUUCACAUUGUAAAAGUUUUAUUAUAUUCCUUGUAUUAUAUUAUGCAAAAAUCCCUAUGUAUAUGAAAAUGCAUAAUAAAUAUAUUUGCUUUACAGAGGAUAUCUUGUUUGAAUUUUAUGCUUGGAGCUGCAGAGCAUGCAUGACUUGCUUAAGUUAGGUGUUUUUUGUUUUCUUUUUUUAAAGAAGUUAGUUUAAGUAAAUACUAAGCAAAUGAUUUGGAAACACUUUACAAAGAAAAACAUUAGGUAGAAAAUGUCCAAAGGAAAGUGUUAAAAAGAUUAGUCCUUUUAUCUUCUUAAAGCUUUGAUACAGAUUUAAUGUUCUUUUUCUUUUUUUCUUUUCUCCUGACUGAUAAUAUAGCUCACAUCUCAGGUUUCAUAACUGAGAAUUGCAAUAAUCCAAUAAUACAUUGUGUGCAUAUAUGCUUCUUUAAUGGUCAGAAUAUGGCCAUUUUAUAUUUGACAUUUUUUAGGUUUUAUUACAAACAUGG